UUCUCCUGGUAUUAAACAUUGAAAGUGGACAUUUAAAUCGAAAACUGUUGAAGUCUGGAGUUUCUUACAGAGAAAUGUUUGAAUUGUUAGCGAGAAGGACACCACGAAUUGGCACCAAGGGCAAGUACCAAAAUAAGGAAGAGACACAGGAAGUAAAGAUAGAUCGCACAUUAAACACCACCAGAGAGAGAAAUGCGGAAGAAAAAGACAUACAGCUCUGUAUGUCCAGGAAAAUGUGUUUGCCCAGAGAGUGACUGACUAAAUCAAGAUGUCUAUUCUCAUCUGGCUAACUCUGCUCUCCAAAGUGAUGGACAUCAGUUCCAGCACAGGGGAUCUUAAAAUCACUGAAGAGAAGACCACUGUUGAGGGUGGUGCGCUGAACACACUGAAUCUGACCUGCAGCUUUAACAAUUCUUUCAUUUGGGUCAAAUUUGUUUUCAAUACAAGCGUGAUCAGUGGCAGCAAAACAGCCACGCUCAUCACUCAUAAUGGGACAGGAGAGGUCUCUGGUCAGUACAUGUGUACAGUGCAACACCAGAACGCAACCCUGACAAAAAAAGUCAACCCAAAAGAGGACUCUGUAAAGACACUGACAGUCGCUGGUGAAUCCACCAUUAGGCGGGAUGGAAGCCUGAAUCUGACCUGCACUGGUGGUAGUUUUCCUUCGUUUUUCAUUAUGUGGACUAAACGGGGCAUGAAUAAAACCCCGAACAGUGAAACUGGAACUGGAACAUCAACUCUUGUGAUUCAUAACUUAACCAAAGAGCAUUCUGGUCUGUAUUUUUGCUCUACAAACCAUAUGAACAAAACAUUGGUGCAAGACAUUAACGCUACUGUGACAUAUGCCAAGCAACCAGAGAUCACUGGAGACCCAAUAGUCAAGGAGGGUGACAUUCUGAAUCUGACUUGCACUGUGGAAAGCUUCCCUCCGUUUAGAAUCACAUGGUCCAAGCUUGGCAUAAACAAAAACCUGACCAGUGACAGUAGCUUGGACACGAGGACAUCCACCCUCGUCACACACAAUGAGACAACAGAGGAUCCUGGACAGUAUUUCUGUACAGCAACACCUCUGAACAGUUCAACACAAGGCAUUAUUAUUACCAUGAUAGAUUUAGAGAAACUUAAAACCACUGAAGAGAACAAUGAGGGUGACACGCUGAAUCUGACGUGCCGCUUUAACGUUUCUUUCAUUUGGACCAAACUUGUUUUCAAUACAAGCGUGAUCAGUGGUACUGAAGCAACCACGCUCAUCACUUAUAAUGUGACAGGAGAGGCUUCUGGUCAGUACAUGUGUACAGCACAAUACCAGAACACAACCCUGACAGUCACAGUGGUCUCAAAAAAGAAAUCUGUAAAGACACCAACAGUCGCUGGUGAAUCCACCAUCAGGCAAGAUAGAAGCCUGAAUCUGACCUGCACUGGUGGUAGUUUUCCUUCGUUUGUCAUCACAUGGACCAAACGGGGCAUCAACAAAACCCAGAAGAGUCAAACUGGAACUGGAACAUCAACUCUUGUGAUUCAUAACGUGACCAAAGAGCAUUCUGGUCGAUAUUUUUGCUCUGCAAACCAUAUGAACAAAACCUUGGUGCAAGACAUUAACGUUACUGUGAUAUAUGCCAAGAAGCCAGAGAUCACUGGAGACCCAACAGUCAAGGAGGGUGACAUUCUGAAUCUGACCUGCACUGUGGAAAGCUUCCCUCCAUCUAGAAUCACAUGGUCCAAGCUUGGCAUAAACAAAAGCCUGACCAGUGACAGUAGCUUGGACACGAGGACAUCCACCCGCGUCACACACAAUGAGACAACAGAGGAUCCUGGACAGUAUUUCUGUACAGCAACACCUCUGAACAGUUCAACACAAGGCAUUAUCAUUAUCAUGAUAGAUUUAGAGAAACUUAAAACCACUGAAGAGAACAAUGAGGGUGACACGCUGAAUCUGACGUGCCGCUUUAACGUUUCUUUCAUUUGGACCAAACUUGUUUUCAAUACAAGCGUGAUCAGUGGUACUGGAGCAACCACGCUCAUCACUUAUAAUGUGACAGGAGAGGCUUCUGGUCAGUACAUGUGUACAGCACAAUACCAGAACACAACCCUGACAGCCACAGUGGUCUCAAAAAAUAAAUCUGUAAAGACACCAACAGUCGCUGGUGAAUCCACCAUCAGGCAAAAUAGAAGCCUGAAUCUGACCUGCACUGGUGGUAGUUUUCCUUCGUUUGUCAUCACAUGGACUAAACGGGGCAUCAACAAAACCCAAAAGAAUCAAACUGGAACUGGAACAUCAACUCUUGUGAUUCAUAACGUGACCAAAGAGCAUUCUGGUCGAUAUUUUUGCUCUGCAAACCAUAUGAACAAAACCUUGGUGCAAGACAUUAACGUUACUGUGAUAUAUGCCAAGAAGCCAGAGAUCACUGGAGACCCAACAGUCAAGGAGGGUGACAUUCUGAAUCUGACCUGCACUGUGGAAAGCUUCCCUCCAUCUAGAAUCACAUGGUCCAAGCUUGGCAUAAACAAAAGCCUGACCAGUGACAGUAGCUUGGACACGAGGACAUCCACCCGCGUCACACACAAUGAGACAACAGAGGAUCCUGGACAGUAUUUCUGUACAGCAACACCUCUGAACAGUUCAACACAAGGCAUUAUCAUUAUCAUGAUAGAUUUAGAGAAACUUAAAACCACUGAAGAAAACACCACUUAUGAGGGUGACGCGUUGAAUCUGACGUGCCGCUUCAACGGUUCUUUCAUUUGGAUCAAACUUGUUUUCAAUACAAGCGUGAUCAGUGGCACUGGAGCAGCCACGCUCAUCACUUAUAAUGGGACAGGAGAGGUCUCUGGUCAGUACAUGUGUACAGUGCAACACCCAACAGAGGAAUCUGUAAAGACACCAACAGUCGCUGGUGAAUCCACCAUCAGGCGGGAUGGAAGCCUGAAUCUGAACUGCACUGGUGGUAGUUUUCCUUCGUUUUUCAUCACGUGGACCAAACAGGGCAUCAACAAAACCCCAAAGAGUCAAAUUGGAACUGGAACAUCAACUCUUGUGAUUCAUAAUGUGACCAAAGAGCAUUCUGGUCGGUAUAUCUGCUCUGCAACCCACAUGAACAAAACCUUGGUGCAAGACAUUAACGUUACUGUGAUAUUGCUACCUAAGAUCCUUGAUAAGUCUGGCUGUGAGGCAAAGCUGGAAGCUCUGACCUGCCUGUGCAUCAGUCAGGGCUUUCCUUCACCCACGAUAACAUGGGAACCGUUGGUGAACCACAUCGAGUACUCUGUCAACACCGCAGUGUCAAACCACACCGUGAGAAGCACUCUCUUCCUGAAUGUGAAAAACCACUCCAGCAUUUCCCCUGUUUGUGUCAGCACUAAUAGAAAUGGGGAAGUAAGAAGGAAAUUUAAUAUAAUUACAGUGGAAGAUGAAGGUCAUUUCACAAAACUGCUAAGGACUGUCAAGCAGAUGGAAACAGUGAUUCCCUUUUUGAUCGGGUUACUUCUUUCAGCAGCUAUUUUCUGCUUGUUGUUGCUGUGCUUCAGGAAAAGACAAAAGCCUCGUGGAGGUGAAUCUGAGACACUUGAGAUGGUGAUGAUGCAAGAGACAAAUGGCGGUCACAUAGAGGACUACGGGCCGAUACAGGCCCAAAGGACAGCAGCAGGAUCCGAAAGCCCAGAAGGUGCAACGGCAGAAACAGAAUACUCUGAUAUUAAUGUGUUGUUGCUCAAACAAGAAAUUCCAGGCUCUGUAGAGGAGAAACCAAAGACAGCAGAAACGGAUUAUGCUAAAAUAAAGACAAAGGGAGAAAGGAUGGAAGAAGAGGGAGAAGCGCAAGAAGAGGAGGAGGUAAAACUCGAGGAUGUGGCCGUGUACUCCGUUGUGACAAAGUAAAUUAAUCAACGGAAGCCUUGAGUUUAACAGCUUGAAGACAUAAAUAUUGCUGUAAUUAAUUGUAAAUCAUUCUUCUUAAAGUCAAAUAUCUUGGCCAUAGGAUGAAGUUUAGAAGCAGCAAAACAUAAAAGGAAAGAAAUAUUCUAUUGUGAACUCACAAAAUACAAACUAAUGAAGAUUUAAGUGAGCAGGAAAGCACUGUGUUAAAAUAUGUGAUGUAAAAGUAACUUCUGGUAAUGCAAGCAGGUGUCAGAUGUGUUUUGCGUAUGCAGUUCCUCUUAUAGAACAGAGUGAAACUUGGCUCAGUGAGUUAAAAGGCUUUUGAACAGCGGUGCAUAUCCUAUAACAUUGUUCCUCUUUAUUUUUAUAGUAAAAAAAAAAAAAGGUUUGUAUUUUAUAACUUUUUUCUCUUUUUUGGUAAAGAGAAAAAAAGCUUGCUGAUAAUUGUUUUAGGUUUGGAACUGGCAAGAUAUCUUAAAAUUUAAGAACAGAAACAAAUGGCUUUGUACCGAUACCUCAGAUUGAUACAAUGACAGCAUAAUCUGUACGGUGAAACUACUUUUUAAAAGCUUCCCUUUUAGUUUACUAAGAAUUUUACAUCUACAGUAGUUCACUGUGUACAAUGGGAGUCAAUUAGUUCUUUUAGUUCUUAAGUGCAGAUUAGUGUAGCUAGAAUUCAUCAAUAAAUUUGAUCUUCCAGUGUUUUCUAUAAUUGUGAGGUUAGCGUACACAUUAUAAGCAGCCUCCCAUAGAUGACUGUGUGAUACAAUAAAACUAAUAUUUUGCUUAGCUAUAUUAAGGCCUUGUCUACUGUAAGUGAAAGUUAUCAAUUCAACAUGCUGUUCAUUUUGUGAAUAAAUACCAUGCUUUCUGUAAAUAGGUGCUCCACAUUGAGAAUCUGUGAUGUAAAAGCAGUUGCAUAUGUGUAACUUGCAGAAAGAUGCCCUUGUUUGCUCAAUAAAUCCUGUUUCAUCA